AUGUCACCCUGCUCUGCGCGUCCGCGGCAACACGACGGUCGAGCGGGCCGCACUCGCCCGUCGACGCGAAUUCGACAACUUUGUCGGAGCUCGUCUCGUCCGCCGCAGCGGAGGGAGACCUGCGCCCGACUUGAACGGCCCCUCGCCAGCAAGCUGAUAUUCGGCACCGUCAACUCACUGAUCGAGGGUACAAACCCCGAGCGGGCGAGUCCGUCUCCGACAUUACCAUGCGGUCGUCGCCGUCACUUUCGACGGACUUCGCAAGGCCUGAUUCCAGCAGUUCUGCCGAAUCUGACAACGCGGCGUUACCGGGCGAUCGUAAUUACCGACCGAACGUACGCCGGUCGCUGGUACGCCGCACCGGACGCAGGUACCCCGUUGCCGAGCGCAGUGGACGCGAUCGGAGGUGGCCAGAUCUCCGCAACCGGCGUCGACCUCGCCGAGAUGGUUACGUACGCACGCGAGACUCUCGCCCUCACGUUGAUGGCGGGAAAAGCCGAGUUCUACGCACUCUCCACUGCCACCGGCGCGACGACGCGAGAUUCCGGCGUGGACAUCGACGGUGGAUUCGGAACCCUACUGAGCUACGCGAGCAAGGCUCGCGCGACCCGUUCCGACAGCACAGUCUUUCUGGACGGAAACGUCGAAUCUCUGGGCAAGGGCGGAACUCCUCGGGCAACACAUCUAUACGUCACGCCGCGGCGUCGCCGUACAGAUCAACGCCUUCAAUUCCCGGUGUGGGGUUCCUGGAGAAGCUGGCACCGUUCAUCGCGGGUGUGCCGUCCAUCGUCAAACCUGCCAGUUCCACGGCAUAUUCACCGAACUCGUCUUCCGGCGCAUCAUCGAAUCAGGCUUGCUCCCGGAGGUUCCGUCCAACUGCUCUCCGGUAGUGCACGGGGCCUCCUCGAUCACCUCGGCGGGGCAGGACUCAGUGGCAUUCACCGGAUCCGCCGACACCGCGCAGCAACGCUGCGUGCUCACCCGAACGUCGUCGGCAAGGGCGUCCAUUUCAAUGCCGAGGCCGAUUCACUCAACGCGUCGAUCCUUGGCGAGGACGCCGUACCAGGAACGCCCGAAUUCGAUUUGUACGUCAAACAACUCGUCACCGAAAUGACAGUCAAGGCGGGUCAGAAGUGCACGGCGAUCCGGCGCGCCCUGGUGCCGGUCUCGGCUGGUCGACGCCGUUGUCGAUGCCGCAUCCGAGCGACUGAACAAAGUGGUCGUGGGGACAUUCGAUGCCGACGGCGUCACGAUGGCACCGUCAUCGGAUACGACGGCAUCGAUCAUGCGGAUCGAACUCGCGGCCCGUGGCGAGGGAAGCCUCGUCGCCUCGGUGGUCACUGCCGACACCGACAUCGCACGUCGACUGGUGCUGGGCCUCGCAGCUUUCACGGCAGAGUGCUCGUCCUGAACCGCGACGACGCCAAGGAAUCCACCGGCCACGGCUCUCCCUUCCAGUCCUCGUACACGGCGCGGACGGCCGUGCAGGGACACACCCGACGGCUCACCGCGGUCGGCGAGCGCUGGUUCACCGGGUCAGCGCGCAACGACCGGAUCCGGAACAUCCAUUCCGGAAAGAGUCUCGCCGAGUUGAAGAUCGGCGACACCGUUGUCGGCGGUCCGCGCCAGGUCGCACUCGCAGACAUCGAUCAUUUUGCAGAGUUCACCGGUGACACCUUCUACGCACACGAUCCGGUCCGGCUGCAGCGGCGAACCCGCUGUCUGUUCGUCGACCCGGCUCCCGGCCCGGUUCUCGCGAACUUCGGCGUGGACAGCCUCAGGUUCCUGACCCCGGUGAAAGCCGAAGACAGCCUGACGGUCACCCUCACAGCCAAGACCAUCACACCUCGCAGCAGCGCCGACUACGGUGAGGUUCGUUGGGAUGCCGUGGUGACGAACCAGGACAACGAUCCGGUCGCGACAUACGACGUCCUGACUCUGGUAGCCAAGACUCGCUCCCGAAGGGAAUUGAAAGCACAUGACCUAUCGAGUAGCAGUAUGUUACGGACGCCCCACCGAUCCGGAGGCUUUCGACAAGUACUACAACGAGAUCCACGUCCCGCUCGCCAGCGCAGUGCCAGGACUCUUGACUUCACGUUCAGCAGCAGUGCUCGACGCUUGACGGCUCCGAUCCAGCCUCUACGCCGUCGCCAACCUGGUGUUUCCCGAUCUCGGACGAUGCAGAGCGGCCUGAAGUCCCCGGAGAUAGGCGCCGCUGGAAAAAGAUGUCGCAAACUUGCCACCGGCAUAGUCGACAUGUACGUCCAGGAAGUUGUCUCGGUCCUC